UCUGUUGAAGUAUUUGAUUUAGUGGAAUUUUCAAAUUUUAGCACACAAAGCUAGGGUUUACGCAAUCACAAAAAACUCAGUAUUCGAUCUCGUGCUGAAAUCUGUCAAGGUUUUGUUGCGGUUGGUUAUCUUUUUCAGCUGGAAAGGAUAAAGAAAACAAUGGAUUUUGAUGAGGAACAAAAUGGAGAAACUGACCAACCAAAUGAAGAUGUGGAAAUGGCUGAUAAAGUAGGCGAUAGGGAAGCCCAUGAAUUUAAACCUUCAAUCAAUGGUUGUUCAGUAAGAAAACUUUUUGUUGGAGGCAUUUCUUGGAUGACAACCAAAGAAUCACUUAGGGAGUAUUUCAGCAAGUUUGGACAGGUAGCUGACUCUGUAGUGAUGUAUCAGAAAAUCUCAGGAAUGCCACUAGGAUUUGGAUUUGUUACAUAUGCUGACCCGGAAAUUGCAGAUAAAGUUUUAAAGGAAGACCAUACCAUAGAUGGUAAAAAGGUAGAAUUUUCUCCUGAAAGCACCACAUACUGUCAUUUUUCCUUUAUUUACUAUUUCUCUUUGCCUUGGUUUAUGUUUAAAGAGUAUAUUCUAUUUGUGUAUAAGGUCGACGUGAAGAUACCAGUAACUUAUAGACAGAGAAUUUUUGUUGGUGGUCUUCCAUUAUCUUUAACUGAAGGCGAGUUGAAGGAAUAUUUUUCUUCUUAUGGCAAUGUUGUGGGGCAUCAGAUCAUUUUGGAUAAAACAACUGGUUGGAUCCAACGUUUUGGCAUUGUGAGUUUUGAUAAAGAGGAAGCAGUUGAAAAAGUUUUAUCUAAUGGCCAUAUCCAUGAACUUCGUGGCAAACAAGUUGAAAUUAAGAGGGCUACGUCAAAGAGAAAUUGUGCUCAACAUACAAGUGAAUGCCAGAUACAUCAUGGUGGGAGUGGUUCAAAAUCAUAUUAUGGCGAUGGUGGUUCUCUAGAGGCUUUUGGCGGUGGAUAUGGUGGAAAUAUGGGUAGCGGUUAUGGUGGAUAUGGAGGAUAUGAAGGAUACGGUGACUAUGGCAAGUUUGCAGGAAGUUAUGGUGUAAGUCCUACAGGAUUUUACCCUGGAUACGGUUAUGGUUUUUGGUUUGGUGGAGCUAUGUAUGGUGCAGCUGGUUACAAAGGCAGCACCUAUGGUAUACCUGCCUACUAUGGUGGUGGUAGUGGUUAUGGGAACAGAGGUAACGGCUCGAAUGAUGGGGGAAAUGGAGGAAAUGGAGGAUAUGGAGGUGGUGGAGGAAAUGGUACCUAUGUAUAUGGGAACGCUGGUGCUGCUAAUGGAAGGUUUGUGCCUGCCUACUAUGGUGGUGGUAGUGGUUAUGGGAACAGUGGUAACGGCUUGAAUGAUGGGGGCAACAGAGGAUAUGGAGGUGGUGGCAGAAAUGGUGCCAAUGCAUAUGGGAACGCCGGUGCUGAUAAUGGAAGGUCUGUGCCUGCCUACUAUGGUGGUGGUAGUGAUGAUGGGAGCAGAGGUAACGGCUCAAAUGAUGGGGGCAAUGGAGGAUAUGGAGGUGGUGGGGAAAAUGGUGCCACCGGUGCUGAUAAUGGAAGGUCUCAUCCUUCUUUGAAGUGACAGGAUCGCUUCCAAGGCUGCAAAUAUUUGAUGACUUUUGACCACUAACUUCUAGUAAGAAAGAUGUAUUAGCCUGUUAGCUUUGGGAUGUAAAGAUAGCAUAGUUCUUUGUUUUAACUUUUACAAGUUAAUCAACCAUCUUAUAUUGUAAGAAAA